GCGGGGUCUUAGACUGCGGUCGUCGUUACGUACACUGUAAACAGGAAGUGAUCCGUUACCUAAGGAAAACGGACCGUCAAUUUUGUGACUGAAAAUUGAGAAGUCAUCAUGGGAAAAAGCUGCAAAGUAGUUGUGUGUGGCCAGGCUGGAGUUGGUAAAACAGCAGUGUUGGAGCAACUACUGUAUGCCAAUCAUGUUGCAGGUUCAGACCCCAUGGAAACCCUCGAAGAUAUUUACAUUGGUUCCAUUGAAACUGACCGUGGCACACGGGAGCAGGUGCGCUUCUAUGAUACGCGUGGACUCCGUGAUGGAAUGGAGCUUCCUCGCCAUUACUACACUUUUGCCGAUGGGUUUGUGCUCGUCUACAGCAUCGACAGCAAAGAGUCCUUUAAGCGAAUGGAGGCACUCAAGAAAGAUAUUGAUCGUCACAGAGACAAGAAAGAGGUCACCAUCAUCGUGCUGGGCAACAAGCUGGACAAGCUGGACGAGAGGAGAAUUGAUGCUAACUAUGCGCAGAACUGGGCGAAAAACGAGAAGGUGCGUCUGUGGGAGGUGUCGGUGGUGGACCGGCGCACGCUCAUCGAUCCCUUUGUCCACCUGGCCAGCAAGAUGACCCAGCCGCAGAGCAAGCCCACCUUUCCUCUAAGUCGCAAUAAGAACAAGGGCAGUGGCUCAACAGACAGCUAAGCUACCUGCUCUGCUCGCCUGGCUUAAACGAGGAGUUCAAAAGGGAAUGGUAAAGGGAAUUCUGUUUUAGUAAAAGUUUUAAAAAUGUGGAGAGGCUAUCACAAGAGAAAAGGCGCAAUGAUUGUACAGAUAUUUCUAUCCAGUUGGUGCUGUUCUGCUGAAAUGCUACUUUAAUCAUGACAUUGAAAAAUAUUUAUCUCAAACCACCAAGGAAAAGGAUCACCAUGUUGAUAUUAUGUCAAUGUUACUGAAUCAAAUCAUGUUUGGACCGCAGACUGUGUGCUUUGGACCCAGGUGUCUUAAACUGCUUAUAAUCAGCAUUUUUAUCCACAAAAAACAAGUUGCGCAUUACUGCUUUGAUUUUAUAUACACUGAAUGAACACACAAACGGAAUCAGAAAUGCAACCAUGUUCACGUUACCUUAUGACUGCUUUACAAACAUGCUGAAUUUCACUUUUUCUGAAAGAAAUAAUGACUGAAAGGAUUGCAUUGACAUAUUCUGAAUAAUCAAUGGCGGUUUGUCGAUCUGGAUCUUUGUUACAUUGUGCUUGUUUUGUGUUGCCCAAUGAUUGACAUUCCUUGCAAAGUCUUUGUGGAGGAUAGGCGUUGCUGGCUCAGGUGUAACUUUUCUGGUGGCUCCAUGCAAAAACAGAUGGCACACAAUGAAGUGAAAUAUCAGCACUUUGACCAUGUAAGUCACUGUUGUGUAUGACAUGUUAUUCCUGAGGUGUGAGUCAUUUAUUAACACUAUAUCAUUAUAUCAAAUCAGAUGUGCUUUUGAUGUUUGCUUUAUCAAAACGGCAGAGAUAUGCUGAACAUAUAUAAGUGUUUGUGCCAUGUCUGUUGACACUAUUCCACAUUCAACAUAUUUAAGCUUUUGUAUGGUCACACUUUUCAAAUAUCGACAGUUUGUGUUUGCUUGCAUGUUUUGUAAGCAAAUUAAAUUCCUCUCAGUGUCUGACAGGGAUGUUGACGCUGCUGUGGUUGGGCUGGUUUUGUUCAAAUUGUCUCAUUUAGCACAAGCUUCAUCAAAAAUAACAUACAGAGAGGAAAUUGCUCAAACCGUGUGUGUUUCCAUCCAUCCAUUCAGUUCAAUUCAAUUUAUUUAUACAGCACCAAUUCAAAACCAAUGUCUUGAGUCAUUUUACAAAACAAUCCUUUUAAUUCAAUCAAACAUAUUAGAAGAAUUUGAAAGGGGAACCUGUUGACCUCCAGUCAAAUGCCUGCGACUGAGCUACUAGCUCACUUUUUCUUUUAGUUCUUUCUAAAUAAAAAACCAAAACUGCCAUUGUAAUUUGUAAUUGCCUAACUUUAGAGAACUCUGUUCGGUCACUGCUUAGGGAAUAUGGCACAUUUAGUUUUAUUUAUUAUUGUUAAAUAAUUUUAAUUAAUGUGUGAUUUUUACAGAAAAGUUACUCUCAUGUAAACACUAAAAAGAGGAGAAUCAAAUCCUUGGUAUAUAGUGCCCUCUCCUGGUGUCAACCAGGAAUUGACUUUCCUUUGUCAACGCUUCCUGAAAUGUUUUUUUUUAGUCAAAACAUUAGACAACUGUCAUAACGUUAAAGCUAAUAUUUAUGGAUUUUUAAUGGAUAGCUUUGUAAGACAUGGAUUUCUAUAACGUAAUGUACAUGCUGAUGUAACAAUUAUUGCUCUUCAUGAUAAUAAAAACAAUAACAGUCUCCAAUCUAAUUCCUACCCGUUAUAGGAACAGGUAGGAAUGACCUUUUUCCUAGUAAUUUCUUCUAAUAUAAGAAAUUAAAGAAAUAAAAAUUCUGUGUUAAAUUUUUUUAAAUUUGUGGCGACACAGGGGUAAACCACACCCGAUGUUUGGAGGCUGUAGUGAUGUAUCCCACUUACCUAUGAUGUGAAACAGUUCAGACGAAUAGAAGUUCUUGAGGCUUAGUGCUUGUAAAUAUUUAGGAACAAAUGGAUUCUGUAUUUCAUAUGCUUUUUCAUAAUUGCAAUUAAUUACUUUAAAACAUAUUCAUUUAAAACCAUAUCUGUCCUUCACUCAAGCAUUUGAUGCGGCGCUAAUAAAAUGCGAAUCUGCAAUAUGCACGAGCGAAAAACUUUUCAGUAACAUCAGAAAAAAUGAUUCUCCUGCUGUUUUAGUAAAUCAGUGACAACUGGAAAUGCUGCUGUCUCUGCUCGCUAAUACGCAGUUUCAGCACAACACCGAAACAUGCACUUAGUUGUGUAAGUCUGGCCCCAUGAAUAAACUGAUCCGAUAAAUUAGCUUAGGAAAAAUGAUGCCAGACAAAAUUAUAGACAUUUCAUCAGAGGAAAUGAUCUGAUAGAUCCACAUGGGGCAUGUUGAGAGAUUAAUGCACGAUAAUGAGAAAACCUCAAGUGGAACAUUUCUGAAAUUGCAUUAUGCACACUCACUUUAGUUUCCCUAGAGGGUACCAGCACUUGUUUCACUCAUGUUCUUUUUAAUGAUAAGAAGCAAGCCUCUGCACCUAUGUUCCUUCCCUUAAAGUGAUUCAGUGAAUGAAUCAUUGUAGAGUAUAAUAAUAGUACAAAGAGAGGCUUACAAGUUGUCUUGUUUUCCUGGUCAAUUCUUUUCCGAGAAUUACAGCAAAGGCUCUACUGAGUAGAAUAAAGGAUGGAAAAAAAUCCACAACACCAUUUGUUAAAAAAUACACUGUGAAAAGGAUAGAUUUGUCACUCGCCUACAUGAUUUAUGAGUCUUCUUUCUCUGUUUGACAGCACAAACACGAAAGACAAAUUUCUAGUUGCUAGUCACAUUCACAGUUCAAAAAGGCGGCGCACUGGUGUCGCAAUCUGAAAUACUCUGCAGCAGCAGCAGCAUGUCUCUGGAUAAAAGGCUGAGGAACCACACUUUUUGUGUGUUGGGGGAAAAAAAGCUGACUUUAACCCUCAAAGCCUCUGCACUGGCCCAAGUUUCACCGUCGCAGAGGCAAUUCCACACAACAGUGAACACAUUCAGCCUAAAUGCCAACACCACCUUUAUAGUCUACUCUUCUAAGCCAUGAUUUUGGCAACAGUUGUCAACCUAAUGCUGAAGAUUUGAGAUAAAUUAUUUGUCCUGAAAACGCAUUGUCACUGUUACAUUUCAAGCACUCUGUUUCAAGCAAACUCUCACAUUUUGGAAAUUAAUGUAUUUAAGUAACUAAUUAUUUAUCAAGACCAGCUCAAAACAAAGGUGAGCUCACUGAGCUUCUUCAAUGAUCUACUGAUCACUCUCAAAUCUUUCUGCAGUUUUUGUCCAAUGCACUGCAACAACCAUCUGGAGUGCAAUAAGAAGGUUAGAUGUUGCAGACUUACAAGAAAAAAGAAAAAGAAAAUCAUCCUUUCAUGAUUUAGGUGUAUCAUUCUUCCAAUCGUUCAGUAUAAUAGUGGUUUCAACAUGUUCCCAUUUACUGGGUGUAUAGGAUGUCUGCAGCUGUCACUCGUAGCAUCAGGAACAGCCUGGAUAUUGAAAGCUAUAGGUGGUAUGAUACAAGCAUAUGUGUAUGAAUAAACUCUGAUAACUUCAUAAAUAAUUUAAUUUUUUUUAUGUUCUAGCCAGACUGACUGUGUAGGAGUUAAAAGCUACUAUUUCUCUCCAUAUAAUAUCUUUAAGAAGUUAAAAAUGUGUUGUAAAAUUUGUUGCCAAUUUUGCCCAUUUCAAGUCAAGAUUAAGAAAACCCACUGGAUUGAUUCACGUUAUGAAAACCUCCUUUGCACUUUUACUUUAAUUGGGCCAUACUGCAGAUGUUUUGUUGCUGCUUUCCAGAUCAUCAGCUGAACAAUGACGUUUCCUCACUGAAAUAGCAUAAUUUUCCUAUAAAUGCAGUUUUCAAGACCUCCACCAUCACUUGUAACUGUGCUGCACAGAAGUAUUCAUCAUCAAGUCUUGUGUACGCAGCCUAAAAAGUUGCAGAUUGUAUUCCUCCCACAACGCACAGCUAUUAAAAUCCAGCAUAUUUGUAAAUUAUUUACUUUUCACUUUGCCUUUAAAGCCAAAUGCUGACUAUUCUAAGCUGUGUAAGCUGCAAAACUGUC